AUGUUUGUGAACCAGUUUUACACAAGGGCAGUCUCCACGGCCCAGCACCUGUACCUGUGCAGUGGGGCCGGCGUGGGCUCCAUGGCCAAGGUGUGCAGGGGCCGGCAGCACUGUGGGGUCCGGCUCAGCCACCUCAGCCGCUACUCAGGUGCCAUGGCCUGCUGGGUACUGAAGGCACUGGAGGCCCCCAAGGCAGUCGAGAAGGAGCAAGACGGGGGCUGGAAGUUAACUCCACCAAGGCAGCGGGACCUGCAUCUCAUCGCCAGGCAGGUCGCCACUGGCAGCAAGUACCACUGA